AUGAAAGAAAAAAUGAUGGAUGGAAGAAACCCAAAUCGAGUUUCAUUGGCGUGGAUGCUCUCGUUGGCUCGAGAAAAUCAUGUCGAGGGUGGUUCUCUUCCCCCAUCCGGGACAGGGACACAUAACUCCGAUGUUCCAGCUGGCGAACAUCCUCCACCACACGAUGGGCUUCGCCAUUUCCAUCGUCUACACUCAGCACAACGGCCCCGACAUCUCCCGCCACCCUCACUUCAACUUCCACCUCAUUUCCGACCCCGUCACUGCUAAUGAUUCCCCGAAUAUUCCUUUCCGCGGCAACCCCAUCAAACGCUUCAACGACCACUGCGCCCGACCCUUCAAGCUCUGCCUCGAUGGCAUAUUGUCGUCUGAUACUGUGCGCUGCAUUGUUACCGACGCCAUGUUGUAUUCGACGCAGGCCGUCGCCGAUGAGCUCAACAUCCCGCGGAUCGUGCUUAGGACCGCCGGUGUUCACUCCUUCGUGCUCUACGCAGCUGUCCCACUCCUUCAUCAAACUGGAUAUCUCACUAACAUGGAAGCAAGAGCAGAAGAAGUGAUCCCGGAGUUCCCGCCGAUCAAACUUAAGGACAUCCCGUUAUUCGGCGACAACGACACAAACGGCAAAGUCGAAACAUUUUCCAACAUAUUCACAGAGACGAAAAAAUGCUCCGCCCUAAUCUUCAAUACCUUCGAAGAACUCGAAUCGCCUGACUUGGCCAAACUUCGUCGCCAAUUGGACAUGCCGGUCUUCGCCAUCGGACCGUUCAACAAGCGCUUCUCCGCUGCGGAAACCAGCAUGCUCAAAGAAGAUAGAAGCUCCAUAGAUUGGCUCGACACACAGGCGCUGGAAUCGGUGCUCUACGUUAGCUUCGGCAGCAUCGCGGCAAUGGAUAAAACCACAUUUCUCGAAGUCGCCUGGGGACUGGCCAACAGCGGUCAGCCGUUUCUGUGGGUAAUCCGCCCGGGAUCGAUCAACGGCGCGGCGUCGGCGGCAUCGGAGAUGCUGCCGGGUGAGUGGGCCGAAGAAGUUAGCGGGCGGAGCUGCGUUGUGGAGUGGGCGCCGCAAGAGAAAGUGCUGGCGCAUUCGGCGGUCGGGGGAUUUUGGACGCACAGUGGAUGGAAUUCGACGAUGGAGAGCAUAUGCGAAGGGGUGCCGAUGAUGUGCGCGCCGUACUUCGCGGAUCAAAUGAUAAAUGCUAGGUGGGUUAGCGAAGUACUGAGGAUCGCGAUCAAUUUGGAGAGAGUGUUCACGAGGAGGGACGUCGAAGAGGGUAUUCGGCGAUUGAUGACGACGGCGGAGGGGGCAGAGAUGCAGCGGAGAGUGGCGGCUUUGAAGGAGACGGCGGCGGCGUGCUUGGGUUCCGGUGGGUCUUCUUAUGAAGCCCUUGAGAGUUUGAGUAUGUUUAUUAUGGAAUUGGGUUGAUAUAUAAUAAGGAAUCAACCAUAAUUAAGAAUUCAAAAUAAUGGACAAUUGACUAUGUUAGUCUUACUUUGUUUAUUUCUAUUAAAAUACAAAAAAAUGUUAUACUCUCUC